AUGUGUGCAGGGUGAUCGAGCUGCUGGACCGUCUGCAGCGGAGUGGGGAACUGCCUCCUCCAAAACUGCAGGCCCUCCAGAGAGUCCUGCAGAGCAAAUUCUGUGCUGCCAUCAGAGAGGUAUAUGAGCAGCUCUAUGACACUCUGGACAUUGUUGGAGGACCAGAGGUGCGAGCACAGGCAACUGCCAAGGCCACAGUGGCAGCCUUUGCAGCCAGCGAGGGCCACGCGCACCCAAGGGUAGUGGAGCUGCCCAAGACAGAAGAAGGUCUUGGCUUUAACAUCAUGGGGGGCAAAGAGCAGAACUCCCCCAUCUACAUCUCCAGAGUGAUCCCUGGGGGGGUGGCCGAUCGCCAGGGAGGGCUUAAGAGAGGAGACCAGCUACUGUCCGUCAAUGGAGUGAGUGUUGAAGGGGAGCACCAUGAGAAGGCUGUGGAGCUGCUGAAGGCGGCGCAGGGCUCAGUGAAGCUGGUGGUCCGCUAUACCCCCAAGGUCCUGGAGGAAAUGGAGGCUCGCUUUGAGAAGAUGAGAAGUGCCCGCAGACGACAGCAGCACACUAGCUACUCGUGAGGCUGUUAACACAUGCACAAACAGGGGGCACAUGCACACAUUUAGGUUGAGGUUUGUCUCUAAUUAAUGACCAGCUUCCUGCUAAUUAUACCGUGUCAUACACAGCUAGUUGCUAAAUUCCUCAACGACUAUAUUUUUUAACAUUAUUAUUAAAAAAAGAUUUGAUUGAUUUAAAAAUGAUUUUUGUGCUUAAGGUAAGAAAAAAAUGACCAACUUCAGCGACUUAACUCUAAAUGACGGCAGUGCUGAUCGAGGAUUUAAGUAACCAUCCAAGUCGGAUUCGUAAUAACUAACUGUGGCUACAUCUCAUACUGCUGUCUUAUUAUUGGUUUUGCUUUUAAAACGUCAGUAGCCACCAAUGUCAGUGUAAAUAAUUUGCUACUUAUAUCAAAGCACUCAGUGGCAAUUUUGAGUGGCAGGCCAUGGAUAGCGUUUCGGCAUAGUUAGACACAGCCAAAUCAUUAUUUAGUAAGAAAGUAAUCCGGGGCCUUUCAUGCGUCCUCAAGAUUGAGUAACCGACGCUGUUGUGUGGGCCCUAAGUAGAUUGAAAAGCAAGUGAAGUUUAUUCAUAUAGACCAGGGAUGGGCAACUUUGAUGGUGGU